AGAACCUGCAUUUAUUGCUCCACUUCCUUCACUAUACAUAUAUAACUUGGAGUUGCAACAUGGAAAUCCCAUAUAUCAAAUUAAAGUUUGCAUCCGAUAAACCUACUCCUCCUCUGUCUGAUAAACCUUCAAAAUAUUGCAUCUCUGAUAAUAUGUCUCUAUUCCUUCUUCUUCUUCUUCUUCUUUGUCUUUCUCUGCAUGCAUGCGGUGCCAGACCUUUUGGAGUUGUUGAUAUAGAAAGAAUUGUUACAGGGCUUCAGCUUCCUCACAAGAAUAUUGAGCCUUCGAGAGCUGAAGGUCUAAAAGUCCAAGAACCAUCGGGGGCUAGAAUUGACAAAAGACUGAGUCUACCCGAUUGGGGUGGUGCAAACACAAUCCAGGAGAAGAAUUCUCAGACAGUAGGGAAAGAAAAUGAAGAUGAUAAAGGAUAUAGUGUUCUGCUACCAUCACCUCAAAAGGAUCUCCAUGAGACAUCAGAAUUGGAGGAUCAGGAGAGGAGAGCUCGAUCGAUAAUGGAAUCACCAACAGCCAAAGCAGAGGAGACUGUGGAUUCUAUGGAAAAUGACAAGGGGGAGGACAUAGUGGUCAUGGAUUAUGCACAGCCCCAUCGCAAACCACCCAUCCAUAACAGAAGACCCUAAAACAAAAUCAAUCUCUCUUCACUCAAUAAUUUUCUUCUGUUUUGACCUUUCUUAUUUUUCUUAUUCCCUCUCCUCGGGGAUAAAAUAUGUCGGUUGCACCCGAGGAAAAGUGGAGUAACGUAGCCUUAGAAGCCUCUCAUGGUUUUUAUGAAUUAUUUGCUGUAUAACCUACGAAUAUGGGUAUAGCAAUCCACAGGUAGUUUCGGAAAACGUCAACUCAAAUAUUAUUUUAGUUUAUAUCUAUGAGUCACUACA